CGGACAGUCGCCGCUAAUACACAGCGAAAUGUAAAUGUUGUGAUGGUGCUGUUCCUUGCAGCAGGUUUAGUAUCUGAACGACUCUUGGGUUAUCCGGGUUGCAAUUGAAGAUGGGUGCAGACGACAACUCCUCCAACGCGACAGCGCGUCUGUCGCAACUUUCUUCGCAUAUCUCUCCAAAGAACGCGGACGAGAGAGGUGCUGAACAACAGACGAAGACACGAUCUCGACGAAAGAAGAAUGUCGACAAUACCCUCCCUCCCGACUACUCGGACAUCCUGGGCCAGAUCACCUCGCUCCAGAAGAUGGCCCUCACGCCUGAUCCCACGAAUCGAGGGUACAGCCGACAAAAGCAAGCGGGCAAGCUCUGGGUGCGUGAGCGGGUGGAGCAAUUGCUCGACGAAGGGUCAUUCCGAGAGGUCGGGAGCGUGAGUGGGACGGUGGAGUGGAAGAAAAUCGCCGCGGCGCGAGAGAAGCCGGUGUCAUAUGUCCCUUCGAACAACGUGCAAGGGUUUGGGAAGUUGAGAGGUCGGACGAUCGUGUUCACUGCGGAUGAUUUCUCGAUAAGAGCCGGGCAUGCAGAUGGAGCGUUGAUGGAUAAGACCUUGUACAUGGAGAAGCUGGCCGUCGCCUUAAGACUGCCGAUGGUCAAGCUUGUGGAUGGAUCGUCUGGUGGUGGAUCCGUCACCACGAUUCGCACGAACGGGUUCUCAUAUAUUCCCCCGAUGUCCGCCUUCCCCCCAGUAAUCGAGCAAUUGAACAUGGGCAUACCCAAUCUGGGCGCCGUCCUAGGUCCUGCGAUCGGUCUAGGCGCGGCUCGCGUCGUCGCAUGCCACUUCUCCGUCAUGGCGGCAGAUAUCGGCAGUUUAUUCAACGCUGGGCCGAAUGUCGUUGCGGGCGCCACAUUCGAGGAAGGUCUCAGCUUCACGGAGUUGGGCGGCCCCGCGAUGCACUGCACUAACGGGACCAUCGACAACCUCGCUGCGAACGAAGCGGAAUGUUUUGAGCAGAUUCGAACCGUUCUGGAAUACCUUCCAAACUCCGGCUUCAGCGCACCGCCAUCGGUGCCCGUGGAGGACCCGGUAAAUCGAAGCUGCCCAGACCUCCGGACCAUCAUCCCGAGAAAGCGGGAGCGAAUGUAUAAUGCUCGAAAGAUCAUUACGUCUGUGGUCGAUCAAGGCUCCUGGUUCGAGAUUGGUUCUUUGUGGGGAACGACCGCGAUAUGCGGCUUAGCCAGGUUGGGAGGCUAUCCGGUUGGGAUCAUCUCACUGAAUUGCGAAGUGAACGCCGGCGCGCUGGAUGCACUUGGCUCCCAGAAGCUCAAUCGACACCUGAAGUUCCUUGAUAUUUUCAAUAUUCCUCUACUUCAGUUCGUGGACGUCCCGGGGUAUGCGAUCGGGACAUCCGCCGAACGCACCGCGACCAUGAGACACGGCGUAAACCUGGCCGUAACUUACUACUCCACGACGAUCCCGAUCUUCAACGUCGUGACGCGAAGAGCGUAUGGCGUCGCGGGCGGGAUCAUGCUCGACUCCCGCGACCCUCGGCAAAGAGUCUGCUGGCCCAGCGGUGAAUGGGGUAGCCUUCCGCUGCAGGGCGGCAUCGACGUCGGCCAUUCAUUUGAGCUGAAGGAGAUCGAGCGGAAGGAGGGCCUGGCGAAACGAAAGGAGCGGUACGAUGAGCUGGACGAGGAAUAUCGGCGGCUGAUGAAUCCGGUGCGGACGGCGAACCAUUUCGGGGCGGAGGAGAUUAUCGACCCGGCCGAUACGCGCUAUGUAGUGUGUACGUGGGCAAAGCACUACUACGAUGAAUUGCUCCCGAUUCGUCUUAUGGAACGGACUGGGGGGAAGAUUCAUCCUUCAUUUGCAUGAGCCGUCGGAAUACUGUGAUUAGAUGAUACCAUGCCACCAAUCGUAUUCUGCAAG